CCUUUUAAUAUUUUCUGGCCAGAUCCGGGACCAUUUUUCAACUUUUUUAUUGUGUUCUUUUGGUUUGAUUGUGAUGAUUUUUCGUUUCUAGAAUCUUAAGAUUGUGUAGAAUAUCUUGGUGCAAGGCGAAGAUGAUCACUGUUUAUGUUCCGUCCUUUCACAAGAUUGAAGAUGCGUCCAGCAGUUACACAGUGUUCCGAAUUGAAGUUGUUAUCGGGAGACGGUGCCAUAUAUUGGAGAAACGUUACAGUGAAUUUGAAGAUUUACAUAAGCAGCUAAAAAAAGUUAUAAAGACUCCAGACUUUCCGCCCAAGAAGGUUUUAAAUCGACAUCCUAAAGUUCUAGAGCAGAGAAGGCAGAUGUUUCAAACUUAUUUGCAGGACAUCCUAGAUUCCGGAAAGAUUCCUAAAAGUUUGAUAUCCUUUCUAGGAAUAUCUCUGUCAUCCAAUGACAAACUUUCAUUGGCAACUAGCAUAGACUCCCUUGAUCAGUUGAGUGGCCAUCAUGGCAUAUGCCACCAACCCGUCAUUGCAUUUAAGGACACAAUGUUCAAAUACCAUCAGCAAAGAGGUGGCUUGCCAGAUAUCGUUACGCAAGGCGUUGUAGAUGCAAUAUACCGUACCAAGUAACUUGGAUUGUUGGAGUUUGGUGUUAAAUGUACAACAUUCACGAACUGAGAACAAGAGAAUACAUUUUCCUUACGUUUAUUGAGAUACAGGUGGAUGACAUGGUUUUGUAUUUUAAAUCAAAGGCUGCUAUACUGUAGUUGGCUGCAUUGUUAAAAUGAAGUCUUCCUGCAAUACCGUCCAUGUUUUCCUAUGCUCAGAGUAAGCAUGUCUCUUGGUGACAAAAUUGGUCAGAGAGAGAUUGUCCUAAAAAGUUAGGAAUCAGGUCUUAAGUAAUAUCAAGUAUAGAUUUCAACUGCAUAUCACUAGCUUAUCUCUUAAAAGUGAUUAGCUUGUGAUAUGCAGUUGAAAACAGUGCGUCUUCAUGGUUUUCUGAAGAUAUUCAUUCUCGUCCUCAUCUAUGCUUGAUAACAUGUAAUAUGGGUUUAACUGUAAUCUAUCUUGUCUCCAUGAUCUAUUGUCUUCCAAAAUUGGAAGCUCAUUAUAAUCUGCUAGGUCUGGGACAUGUCCUUGCCCAUCCAUACCUGUGGGUUUUUUAUUGCCUCCAUGAAUUUAGCUGAGCUUUGUGCAGAAUCAAGCCCCGAAUAAGGCCUUUUUUCUUCAGUGCAGUGAUUAGAAAUACCUCAAAUUAUCUAUCCAAGUCUUCUUUCUAGUUAUUAGCUUUUUUCAAGCCAAAACAUAUGGUGUUUUUCUUCACAAGUACGGUGCGAUAUGCAUCAGCUAUUUAUCAAGGAAAGUAGCACUUUAUGCAUUCAUACACACAUUUUGAUUUAUCAUUCUAUCUAUUCUUUCUUGCAUGUUGAAUUUCUUGUUGCCAUUUCUGUUUUUGAUUAUGCAUGAGGUUAGAAUUGUGUAUUCUUGCAUUUACAUGUAUCAUUUCUAUUUGGUACUUUUGCAACAGUUUAAUUCUUCUAAACGAUUAUUCAAGCUCAUCUGUAAACAAAUACUAAUACAGUCUAUUGGCAGGCUAAACUAUGAAUGUGGGUUGUUCUUGACAGAUUGGAUGUAUACUGUAAAACUGUUUAGGAGCCAUCACUUUUUAAUGGCAACCUGGUAUCUGGGCAAAUUACAUUUAAACUGUAUUUAUGAGUUUAUAACUAUUAUAUCUGCAAAAUCUAUGAUAAAGAUGUGUCUCCAAGUGUUCUUUUUGUCAGUCAAAUCUAAUACAGUGGAACCUCCCUUAGCGAACACCUCUGUUCAGGGCACUGCAUUUGAUCCCAAACUGGUCUUUUCCACUGCAUUUGACCUCUGUAAUCAGGACCCCUCCCAAUAAAGGACAGCAUUUGUCAGUCCCGAGAAUGUCCUUAAAAGAGAGGUUCUAGUGUAUAGUGUAGUUUUUAUGAACUUUUGUAUGGAGACGGAACUAUUAUGUGGUGCCAAACAAGGCCACAUUAAGUAUUACAUAAUGUAGCCAUGUAAACUAGGAUACUAUUAUAUUUACCAUUAGAUGAAAAGGAACUGUAGUCUUAGAAUAUUUUCUUCGCAUGCUUACUGUUGUAUUUUUACAAAGUUUUUAAUAAACUUUUCAUGUACCAUUA